GUUAACUCCUCGGCUCCUCCUAGCUCCUGGCCUCCUGCCACCAUCGUACCCCGUGCGGAUCAGUUCGCUUGGAGCCUUGGCCUGAUUUCAUCACCCCGCGCGGAUCCGUCCGCUUUGACUGAUUUCUUCUUUUCCUUGGAAGGAGUAUCCAGUUGUUUGAUGAUAAUGGAACCAAAGCAUUCAGCUGAAAUGUCCAAGCAUCUGGAGAGGCAAAAUCAAGCACUAAUUGGAACAUACAGAGCAAUGUCCCACGAGUUGCAUAAACUUCAGGUAGAAGAAGAAACAAUCAUGCGCAAACUGUAUGAGCUUAUGUCUGCGGAAGGUCUUCUUCCAGAGCACAAGAAAGAAAAACAAUCGGGGAGAGAUGUCAAGGAAUCAACUUUGGUAGGAAAACGAAGGACAGAACCAUAGAAAGCAAAGUUCAUUUUGAAAUGUGAUCUGGCAUUGAAUUCAGCUGAAGAACUAGAGGGUUCUUGUCGAUUCCAACGCGAUACCCUGCCAACUCAAGUUUUCACUAUGAUUUAGAAAUUCGGCUGCAACUCCAGAUGUUGCCAUGAUCUAGUAUUUUCUGACCUCAUAGUGGAAUCUCGAAACCUAGCAGUUUGUUCUGCGAAGAAUCAUUUUAUUGUUCAACUGCUGCAACCAGAUUCACCAUUUCCUUUUCACGCUUAUCUUCUCAA